CGUUUGACGAAUCAGAACUGCGACUAAGAUAGCUGGCUCAGCCAACCAGGAAAGCGUACUGGAGUAGGCGGAACCAGAGAAUUCGUCUAUUUAGGUUGCCAAUGCCACUCAUUGGAGGGCGGUAGCCGUGUGCUUGACCGAGUAGGAAUUUCACCUUAAUAUCAGAGAAGCACCAGUAAAGAAUCCAAAAUGGCAGAUCUCAAAGUUGGCAGUGGAGACGGCCUCACCAAGAGGAGGAUAGCUGCCACCCUGGUGCUGCGUGGUUCCUCAGAAUACAAGCCAAAGCGACGCCUGGGCCGAGGGGCUCUGUCUGUGGCCCGCACUUCUGCCACUGUGCGGCCUGCCAGUGAGAGCAGCGAGGGGUACGACUCACCUAGUGGAGACUGCCCAAGUCCCAGGACCCCAACCCUGGACCUCCUGGAACCAGAGCCGUCGCUGACGAUGGAGUCGUCUGAUUCCACAGGUCGGUGUUCAGACACGGGUGGCGUCAAGAGCCCAGAGCUGCCAGACCUUAUCUCCUUGGAGGGCAGCCCCAAAAGCCCCCAGCGCUCGGUCUGGCUUGAAGAUGACGAUGAGGAAGACUUUGGAGACAAUUUCUCUCUCCCAUCUCUGUCUCCCAAAAGUAUGUAUGAGGAGAGUAAUUGCUCGGAGCAGAAGGAUGCCGCCCGCGACGCCUCCUCAAAGAGAGACAAGAUGAGCGAAGUAAAUGUCGCUGAUUGGCACAAGAAUCGCAUGGCAGCAGUGAGCAGUGUGUGCUUUGAGGAGCUUUUGGAGAAGUACCCAAACUACAAGAGCACAAAGAGCUGUGUAGCAGCCUUCAUACUGGAGAAAGAGGUGACUGACGCAGGAGGCCAGCGCAGUGAGCGGUAUGAGGUGGUGGCCUUGGGUACAGGUCAGAGCUGCUGCUCAGGCUGGAUCUCCUACACUGGUACUGUGGUUCAUGACUGCCAUGCCACUGUCAUGGCACGGCGCGCUCUCAAAAGAUAUAUCUACAAACAGCUUCUGCUGUUCUACAGUGCUGAUCCACACGUGUGUCAGCACUCCAUAUUCGAGAGCUCAACAGACGGAAAGCCUCUGCAGCUCAAGCCAAAGAUCUACCUGCACCUCUACACCAACCAGAGCCCUAAAGGAGCCGCCCAGUGCCCUCUGAUGAAGUUGAAGAGUGGCAACUACGAGUCGCUCAAGCUGCACUGCUACGCCAAAGGCUCCCUGACCCCGUCGUCGCUGGUGCCCAUCAGCGUGUGGGAGGCCCGGAUCUGCAGCAUGGCUGACGGCGACAAGCUGACCCGCUGGGCAGUCACAGGAGUACAGGGGGCGCUCUUGAGCCACUUCAUCCAGCCACUCUACAUCGCCAGCGUGACCCUCGCGGGGCCAUCCAGCAGCUACUACCAGCAUGCAUCGGACACGAUUAACAAGCGUCUGGGCCAGGGCUGGCAGGGAACUCUGCUGCCCCCCUACAAGGCCACCAGCAUCUUCUUCCUGCCAGGAGACAACAUUGGUCCCCUGCUCCCCUCUGAUAGGUGCAAAGACCUCAGCAUCAACUGGUGCCGUGGCGACGGCAGCAUUGAGAUUCUGGAUAGCAUCACAGGGAACACCAUUGACUGCUCUCCGUUUGUGAGCGGACCUGGACUCACAAGUCGACUGUGUAAGAGAGCUCUCUACUUCAGCUUUCGCAAAGUAGCCUCAUUGGCUGGCCAGCAGGAUCUGCUGGCAUUCCUCUCCUACAGCAGGGCCAAGAUGGCUGCUCACUUGUACCAGGAGGCCAAAGCUGUGGUCAACCAGCAGUUCAGGACAAACGACGCUGGACCAUGGAACUCCAAGCAGCUGGUGGACAGCUUCAAACGCUGACGACCAGUUUUCUGUCUUUCCCAUGUAGCUCUGACCAAGAAGUAGUAGCAGUUACUAAGGAGGGUCGUGUUGGUGUUUGCAUUUAUGAUUAUGUUACAUGUUCAGAAGAAGCUUUUCUUAACUAGCUCAAGAAUGCUACAUUUUUUUAUUAAGGUCAGUUGUGUUGUGUUUUGCUGUUUUAGGUUAUAUAUUUUUUAAACCUCAAGGAUUAAAAAAGAUGGAAGAUCUGGGAGAUCUGUUUGAGUAAAAGUGUCAUUACUGUAGCAUAACCACUAUAUCAUUCCAGAGGACUAGAAUUGGUAGUCAGCCAUGGUUAGUUAGACUCCUAUAUACUCAAAUCUCAACCUACAAAUGUUCCAGUACUUCCCUUGACCCUCUGUGCAGUGAGCUGCCCCUUUUGGAGAGCUGCUACCUAUGAUGCCCAACUGCUGACUCAAGAGGUUCAUCCCACAUUUUGUUUUCUUUUUUAAUGCCCACAGCAGCUGGUAGCUCAGUGUGUGGCCCUACCUGCUGUACCCAGACCAGAUUCUGAACCUCAAGACAAUUCAGCUCAUUUAUCACCAUGACAACACAUACUCACACAAACAUUGACUGGGUGAAGAAAGCACAGAAUAUACUUGUAGUUGCUUCUGUACUGACUUAAAUUGUGGGUUGUUUGACUUGGGUCAAAUAAAAUAAAAUAAUGUUGACGGAG